CUGGGAUCCUGAUGUCCUGCUAGUGAGCUGAUACACACGGGAAAGACAGCUGUGUCCUCUUCCCCCUCAGCCGCAGGAAGAUUUUCAGGGUGCCUUUCCCUCCUGUAGCCUGGACACCUGGUGAGUCAUAAGGAACACCUGUCAAGUCCUCUGCCUGACACCUAGACUUAGCAGCUGUCAUGGGCACCCCAGACAGAGAAUGCUUCAUUGAGACUAUGGUUAACUGCCUCUUGGACACGAGGAGCACAGAAGACCUGCAGCUCCUGCUGACAGAAGAGGAAACCUGGAAACAGUUUGUGGCAGAAGUUGAUUUGUCCAGGGAGGAGGAAGCUGUCUUGAGAGAAGCUCUUGCUGAGAUCUUUGCAGAUCCUGAUGGAGAAGAUGAAGACGAGGUCCAAAAUGACCUGCAGGACGAGAACGAGAGGAAAGAGGAAGAUGCCUUGAGCGAAGCCCGUGGUGAGAUUGUAGCUGACACUGACUCAGAAGAUGAAGUCGAGCUCCAAGAUGCCCUGUGGCACAAGGAGAGUUUCUUGGAUGCUUAUUCUCAGGUGAAACUGGAGCUGGAGGGGUGCAUCAGGAAGCUCCGCGCCCUGGCAGACAAGGUUGACAAGGUGCACAGGGACUGCACCAUCUCACAGGUGGUGGCCGGCUCCAGCAGCGCUGUGUCUGGAGUCCUGACAAUCCUUGGUCUGUCUCUGGCACCUGUGACAGCAGGGGUCAGUCUGGCACUGACAGCCACUGGCUUGGGGCUGGGGGCAGCAGCAGCUGUGACUAGUGUUUCCACCAGUAUUGUGGAAAAGGUAAAUGUGGCGUCUGCUAAAGCUGAAGCCAGCAAGCUGGUGUCAACCAACAAAGACACAAUGGAGGACAUUAAAGACGUUUUGGAUGAGAGUGGCCCCAGACUUGUUUCCUUAUCCAAGAAUUCCUUCAAGAACCUGGAAAACAUCAAGAAUAACAUUGAUGCCAUCAAGCUGACCAAAGCCAACCCUCGCCUAGCAAACAAUGCCAAGCGUCUCAUGACCACAGGGAUGAUAUCUGCCAGAAAGUCUAAACAGGUGCAGAAAGCCUUCAGAGGUACCCCUCUGGCAAUGACCAAAGGAGCCCGGAUCAUGGGUGCAGCCACCACAGGUUUAUUCCUCCUGCUGGAUGUUGUCAACCUCAUGCAAGACUCGAAGCAUUUGCAUGAGGGUGCUAAGUCAGAGUGUGCUGCAGAGCUGCGGCAGCAAGCUCGGGACCUGGAGCAGAAGCUGGAGGAGCUCAAACAGGUUCAUGACAGCCUGAUUCAGUGACCUCUUCCUCUUCAGUGCAGCGCAGAGAACUGGGGGAGGGAGUGUGCUGGACAGAGCCAUGAACACAUGGGAGCCCCUGCCUCCCUGCACAGCAGUGCCUGCUAAAGGGAGAGAGCACAUUAAGAGAAAGGAAGCCAGAACACAGAUGGGACAGUCUCAUGACCUCUUACCAGACUCCAGCUCUGAGAUCCAUCAACCUCCCAACUAAGAACCAACCUCCCAAGCUGGGAAGCCCAUACAUGUCCUGACUAAGCCACGGCAUGGCUGCUCCUGAGCUACGCCCACUGCGCUGCACCCAGCUGAGGUUCACCCUCCUCACCAUCCACUGAGCUGACAAUCUUCCCACUGCUUUUUGAUUGGGUGCCACAGAGAUCUUCUCCUCUUUUCUUCUUCUGCCUAAUUGUGUGUUUUUCCAAAUAUUUCUCAACCUUACAAUCAGACUCUGGUUGUGAACAUCAUUUCCUGUUAUUAGUCUGGGGUCACGUGAGUGAAAUGCUCAAGACUAGAAAGAGAGGCUGCUGGGAACAUCAACCAUCCAGUCAUCACAAGUUCUUGGCCCUACAUGCCACUGUGGAUGCUAACAGAAGGAGAGGUGACAGGGUGUGACUGGUGAGUCCUUCUCUCUGCUGCCAGACUCCUGGAAAAUCAGAAGCUUUAAUGCCUAUUGAUGUUUAAAAUCUGCUGUAACUGGAUCAGAUCUGCCAAGAUGAGCAGGAAGGGCGACACUUGGUCCAUAAAUUUUGAAGAAUAAAUUUGUGAGCACAGCCUAGA